AUGGAUCAUUAUAUCAACCACCCACCCUAUCUAUCUAUCUCCGUAAAUAACCUAUCUAUCUAUCUAUCUAUCUAUCUAUCAAUCUAUCUAUUGACUUUUGAAACUAAAGCUCUCUCCUCACCUCAAGUUGAAUUUGCGUGUCUCUCGAUUCCACUAUUUCAUCCUUCAUCUACAGACGACGUUUCUAAGAGAUUCCGUGCACUCUUCAAUGCUAAGUUGAUCGAGGGUGAUGUCUCAGCUGCACUGAGAUACCCCAACAUGAUCGCGACAAUAUUUUCAGCCAACUUGAAGGCUUUAAAAAGAAAAAAAAAAGACGGAGGUGUCCGCCCUAUCGCGGUUGGUAACAUUUUUCGUCGUCUCGCAGCAAAAACUCCUUGUAGAGUUGUUGUGAAGGAGAUAGGGCAUGAAUUGCGACCUGUCCAGCUCGGGGUAGGCAUACAGGGCGGAUGUGAAGCCGCGGUUCAUGCCACAAGAUCAUUUUUCGAGAAUACAUCACCUGAGUCCCCACGUAUCUUAUUAAAAUUGGAUAUGAAAAACGCUUUCAAUAGCAUCAGAAGGGAUCAUGCCCUGGAAGUUUGA